ACAAUUCCCGUCAAGCUGGUUGGGAUACAUAGUUUUUAGGCGGUAGGCUUGAAACCUCCCAGUCAUAUCUCCCAGUGUUCCCAGUCAAGCAGCGCAAGAGCGCAAUACUGACUUUCUCGUACUCGUUCAGUACCGGUAUACAGCAAACAUGUACAAGUUAAGCCAUUGCAACUUACCCUAUGAUCGCAGAAACGUAGCCACUGGAUGGGCUACCGGUACUUAUCAACGAACAACGUCACGAGGCGUCUGCUCUCAGGAGACGACAAGAGAUUACAGCAACAUAUCCGCCAACAGCAAUGUCAACUCGCCUUCGUGUCGUUGUGGCGCAUAGACCGCCGUUCGUCUUCGCGGAUAACUUGUCUGGCCGAACCUAUUAUGGCUUGUUGAUAGACCUCCUAGAAAAGAUACUGGCCAGUGGCAAUGUUACAUAUCAAUAUGAUGCCUACCAAUCUCCAACGAAUGCUGGAGGGACGCUCUCUAGCGCUGGUUGGAGCGGUGUCAUAGGAGAAUUGGUAAAAGACCGUGCCGAUGUCGCACUCUUCCCUCUCACUAGAACGGCGUCUCGCCUGACCGCCAUCGACUGCACGUAUUCCUACCUCGACCAAGGCUUAUCAUUGCUUGUCAGGGACGAGGAGAAAGGACCCGGCGCUCUAUCGGUGCUCGCUCCUUUCAAGCUCUCCCUGUGGAUGACGCUUCUAUGUACGGUUGUUGGCGUGGCUCUCGUCUUUUGGGCACUAGAUGCGUACGGCAGAUGGAUCCGUGCAAAACAGACGGAGGCGCUGAGGGAGACGGGCGUGAUAUCGGACAAAGCAGCAGCAAGAGCGAGACGAGAUGAACGCAGCCACGUACUUAUAAGCUUCAUGGCUGCUGCCGGGGCGCCAGAGCGGCCAGAACGAUCCAGCUGGGGAGUACAGGUGUUGUACGUCAUGUACUGCUUCUUCUGCCUCAUCGUGCUGUCCGCCUACACCGCCAACCUCACCUCGUUCCUGGCCGUACGGAGAGCGGAGCAGGGCAUCGCAGGACUGACAGACCUCAUUCACGGAAACCUUAAGCUCGGCGUCAACCCUAAUGGUUCCACCGCAGCCUACUUCGCCAGCAGCCAUGAUACCAUUGCCACGCAGCUGCAGCCCAACAUCCGCUACUGCGACUCCGCUACCUGUGUGUCCUGGCUUCGCUCGGGUGCGAUCGCCGGCUUCGUGAGCGACCAGCCCGCGUUGGCGUACCUGGCGCAGCAGCAGCCAUGCGACCUGGCAGUGGUGGGGGACCCGUUCGGACCAGGAAACCUGGUGCUUGGCUUGCAGAAGAACUCGACGCUCCUUCCUCUAUUUAACGCGGCCAUUCAGCGCUUUGCUGAGGACGGAACACUUACCACGCUGCGUCGUGCCUGGUUCGACGGCAUGAGCCAGUGCAGCACCGCCAGCUCGACACUUGAUAACAGCCGGCUGGGUGUGCAGCAGAUGGUGGGCGCCUUCGUGUUCCUGAUCGCGGGCAUUGUGGUGGCGUUCGUCACGGGCACGGUGGAGAACCUCAAGUGGUGCCUCGCUCGCGCCUACGCCCGCACCUAUACCGAGCUGGGCAUGUUGGAGGGAGGCGGAGGCGAAGGCGCCCAGCCGCGGCUGAGCCCCUGGACCCGCAUCUCCCACAAAGUUCUGGGGCUGCCCUUCAUGCAGGACGCCGGCCUGCCGCCCCUGCCCAAACGCACGCUGGGCGGCGUGGGGGCAAGGUCCGCACCCGCAUCCACAUGGACGGUGACCUUGAAGGGGCUUGGCCUGGUAGAAGAAGGACAAGCAGCGGCGGCAGGCGAGGGCGCAGACGGGAAGGUGGAGGGCACGCGAGGAAGCAUGCUGGCCAUACCGACGCGAGCGUCAGUCACCAGGGGCUCAAUGACCAGCCUCAAAGACGCGAUAGCGGCCUUGGAAGCGAAUGUGGCUGCUUCUAAGGGUGCUGCUGGUGCUGCUGGUGGUGCGGCGGCGCCAGCAGCCGCCAAACGUGAGCCUCGGCGGCUCAGCGCCCUGCUGCUUCCCGGCUUCCUGGCUGGAAGGAGAAGCGCCGGCGGUGCUGACGGCGGCGGCACCGAUGAAGAACAGCAUCUAGGGCCGCCGGCCAUCGAGCCAUCAGGCCCUGGGACCAUCCUCGGCAUGCCGCCGCUGCGUCGGGGCCUUACGGGCGCAAGCCCCAGCAUGACCCCCGGAUCACCGGCUGCCCUUGAGGCUGCACCGCCUGUUUCGCCCCAACGCUCCUUAGCCCCGCCCAGGCUUUGGAAAGCGCACAGCCGCAUUCAGGACAUCAUGCCGCCCUCCCUGCGUGCGCCGUCCACGAAGCAAGUGGUGCUACAGCUGCAGGACCAGCCGCCGUCGCCGACGCCGACGCCACGGGAGUUGCUCGAGCAGCUGUCACGGCAGAGGAGUCAACGCUUCCGCAGUCAGGCCAGUCGCGCUUGGCUGGAAGAAGGGCCAGGGGCAGAGUUGGGGCAGCAGGGCAGUAGGCUGCAGCCGCAGCAUUCGCAGAAGCAGCUGCUGUCUCGAUCCACUACACGACAGUUGUCGUACGACAAACCGCCGCAACCGCAAGAGAGUUUUCGCCGGCAGGUGGUUGCGGAAGAGCAGCCUCCGCGGCAACCGGAACAGCAACAGCUACGACCAUCGGUGAGCUUGCAACGCCAGAACACAGAAAUCCAAACGCAGGAUGCCGCCGGGCAACAGCAGCAGGGGCCUAGCAGCAGCAACAGGCAGCUGCUGACGCAGCAAUCGCUGCAGCAGCGGCUGCUAAGCAAGUUCCCUCCGCCGUUUUACUCUCCGGAAUCCAGUUUCGUCUCGACUUCUACAGCCGUCACCGCGACCCCUGUGGCUCCGGAGAACGCCGCUGCCACAAGCCCAAAGCGACCAAGUGAGGUUGCUGCUGCCGCAGCCCCGAGCAGCAGCAGCAGCGCCAGCACCAGCAACAACAGCAGUGCGAGUAAAGUUGGUGCCAAUAAAGUCAAUGCUACUCAAGGAGCGAAUCGGGGAGCGGACACUGCGAAUAAGGCCGAGAGUAGUAACAACAGCAGGGUUAGGUUGUCACCAGAGCCGUCGUCGUCAACCCCGCCGCAGCCGUUGGUACGGCAUUCGUUGACGUGGCAAGAUCAGAAUGCACUCGAGGGAUGGACAAAGAUGCUGAACAAGCCUGAGGAUGCACAGUAGUGCGUGGUUAACAAAGUGGCCUUACGGUUUGAGUACGGAACGCCAAGUGACAAAGGGGCUGCUAAAACGCUGAAGUGAUAUGUCCUGUGUCUUGAGGAAUAGCGGGGAAACUGUUGUGUUCCUUAAUUGUUCUUAUUCAUGUCCACUCAAUAAGAAGCAACUGUUGUUGCGUAGUGCAUAUUUAUGGUUUCUUUCGGCAAGCAAAGGUGUACAUGCUUGUGUUAGUAAAGGAUCUUGCACCUGCAUGCCUGCUGGGGGCAUUGCUUGGGGGUGUCUACCUGCUAGUGUAGAUCAUUAUUGUACGGCACCUGAAGCUGCUUUACUAGUGGCUGAAGCAACGUCCAGGAACUCAAUGGGCUUUUCCUUCUUGUGUUUAGGGGCUGGAGACAGGAAGGACGAAAUUAAACUACCGUCAAAGCGAAAACCACCUCCAACCCCUGCAUGAGCAGAGGGGCCUGCUGCUUGCAUGUAUGAAGGCGCACGCGUAAAUGGGGCGUAAGCCAGUGCAAGCGUGCCAUUUGAAUGUGAUACUGCUGUGGGUACCAUAGAUAGCAUGAAUGGGCGGACGCUUUUAGUCCUAUCUGGAGCAAAACUGGGCUGCUGGAGCCGACGUGUUGGAUGCCAGGGCAAUGUAUCUGGACACUUGGUUUGACGGAUUACCUGUCUACCAUUGCUGCAGCAACCGGCAGCGUUAUGGAUUACAGGUGUGCACGGGCUGCAAUGGGGAUGAAGAUGACUGCUUGCAUGCACGACUAGAUAUACGCUCCGUACAUUGCCAAGUUAGCCGAGGGUUUGACACAAGCAUUGCUGCUCAAUUCCUCCUUGCCUAUGUAUCUUAUUUUGGACGCCAGGCACCGCUAGCUACACGGCAGUUGUACGGCAUGUUUUUCACUGUGCGCCGAUUUGUAGCUUUGCAUUGUCUACCGGUAUUGGCGGUCACAGUGCUCUUCCAAUUCCUAACCCACUGCUUACUGGGCGUACCGUAAUAGUUCUGCGUCUGCCCAAGCAUGCGCAGGAGUCAAUACUAUGAAUGGGCCGCGUGGACGUGUGUUGCAGUCCAAGGUAUAUAGCAUUGGGUUAUAUAAGAGUAUAUAAAGGGCCUAAGAAGUGGACGUACAUACGACAGGCUUUUGGGUGGAUAGCCGACCGCAUGCGGAUACGACAGGUUUUGGGGUGGGUAGCCGACCUUCCUUGGGAUGCAGCCCUGGGCGCCCGCACCUGCCUUGGCAUGCGCGCCUCGGUUGGGUGGUUCUGUGGUGGAUACGGUUGGUGAAGCGGUGGUCCACUUUUGGCAUGAGGUUCAGUUGCACGCAACACAGAGACCCCGUACGUGCCCGUACAAGCACCCACAGGCGUGCUUGGGUUUGAUACAAUGAGUAGAGGCGGCGUCGCAUGCAUGGAUGGACGUUGUAGGGUGGAAGUGCAUGGCCAGCUUGGUCAAGUGUGCACUGUAAGACUGUGCAACAUCGUAAUUGUCACCGUGCCGAUUCGGAUAUGUGCUUCCCUGGUGCCUCCUGGCGUCAUGCGGUCAUGCUACAUGCGAACCUUUGCACCUGUCAUCC